AUGCGGAGUCGCAUCUUCGAACCAACCGACAACACAGGGAAGCCACAGUCCCAUGCAACUCUGCGGGCAGCGGCAGCGCUGAUUUGCAUGACGCCGCUCUGUGUUGGACUUUUCAUUCUCAUUGACAUCGUUUACUCUGUGAAGGCAUUGACGGUGGAUGUUGCAUUGAUUGUUAAGGGUGCUAUGACGCAGGGUAGGAUGCGCGACUCUUUCCUAGAUGGCGCCGUCGACAAGUUUCUGUCCACCCGCCUUGGGCUCACAACAAUGGACAUCGAAGGCUACAGACGCUUGAGGACCAUGUCGCAGCUUGUUUUCGAGUCAUUCCCGCAGAUCGCUCUCCAGGUACGGAUCCUGGCCGCAGAGGGAAAUGCUGAUGCUUUGGACAUCUCGAUGCUCGGUGUUUAUUCAGCUAGCUUGGGACUUCGGGAACGGACGAAACAAGACAGCUUUAGAAGCCUGUUGGUUUUCCGUGAGUAUCCAAUCUCACAAAGACCGGUCCUGCUAAGGACGAACCAGCUCUUGGCCUCGCUGUGCUUUGCAGUUUGUCAUGCGCUGGUCACCUCCUGCAUUGUUUGGUUGGAAGCCCAAUCCUGCGGAGAGUCGUUGAUGCACUAUUCCAUCACGUGCUUGACAGGGCGCCUGGGUUGGGUUCCGUUUUGCGAGUUGCUGCUAGCAUCCAGAGAGCCCGCACUUUUCAAAUUUGGAGACUUGGGCCGGGACACCCCUUGUGGGCGCUUUACCAUGAGCUUCCAGUUCAGCCAGGGCACUUGGUGGCGGUUCCUGGAGAUCAUUUCACAACUCAAUCCUCCAGAAGACAAGAUGCACAGUGUUGAGUUUGGACCUUCAAUUGCCCUCUUGAAGCUGGAGGAUAUCUUGCACCUUCAGCAGAGCUUCGGCUCCAAGGUAAAGGUUGCCAUGAGUGGAGAGCGCUAUGAGGUUCCUUGGGAGUCCAUCUUGUACAACUCUGGCCUCACGGCCUGGAGACAAAACCAGAUCCAGGAGUCCCAGCAGGCAAAUGCAAACGAGUUGCUGCAGCAGUUCGCGAAGGUCCGGAAUGUGGAAGCUGCUCGUGCUCUCUUGCAUGCGGGCACACGCACAGUGGGCCUCACUGCCAGAGGAGCUAUGCUUCUCACAGAAGCUGUCACUGAGAAAAGUGCGAGAAUCUGCGAGCUACUCCUGGAUUACGAUGCUCCUCUAACCCCAGCGCAGUUAUCUGAGGAGGACAGAGUGGCAGACAAGAUUUACGAAGAGAACCUUAGUGUCAGGAGCGCUUUGGAGCUACCCUUGGAGGCGGCGCUUCGCAUAAAGGACGUGAGCAUGCUGGCUGUGUUUUUGACACAUCCCCGUAUUCAAGUCACAUCUGAGUGGCGUGGAGAUAUGCAGCAGCUGGCAUUGGAUUUUUUCCGAGAUGCCGAGAGGGAUGCAUCCACGCAGCAUGACAGGGAGUUGAAGGACUUCGCGAAAAGAGCCCAAGACCAGCAGGUGAGCACCGCUAUCCUAUGGGUAGAGGAUGCCUUAAAGAACAGUGCGAAGAUGGUCCAUGUUUCAGUUUCCAUUCUGGAGUGCUUCGGGAUCUUCCGUGAGAAGCUUACUUCCUCUGCGAGGUUCCCUCUAGGACCCGGACAUCAGGGCAAUCUUGCAGACCCGAACUUGCAGAAGUUCCUGAUACCCAGCGAUGACGUCGGGGAGUUGCACAUAAACAUGCAACCGAUUGAGGAGGCGGGCAGCCUGCCGGACUUCAACGCAGAUACCUUUGAGCAACUGAUGGCGGCCAUCGGAGGCGGCACUGGCGGCACCAACACCCCAUCCGCAGAACUGCUGGAGUCCUUGGAUGCCCUCACAGACGCGCUGGGGUUGAGCCUUCGAAUGCACGACUACAUGGUGAACACGUUGCCCUUGAGGACACUCAAGCGAUGCGUAGUGUCGCAAUCGGAGCGCGUGGAUCUGGACUUCCGGAACAAGGGGCGUGCCGCGAUUUUGGCAAACAUUACGUUGCCGGAUGACUGCUGGAGGAUCGCUCGUGUGGUUGCACGCGGCAGGUGGCGCGAUCAGGGUUGGGGAAACACUCGCUGCAACAAAGUGGCCCUGAGAGCAAGUACCCAACGAGCGGGGCGCCUGGAUGUUCACCUCCAUUCCAUUGACUGGCAACUUGAGGCGUAUCAUAACACGCCCUUCAACGAAGAGGUGGAGCUUACGAUCAACCAGGAUGAGUGUCGUGGCACCGACCCUGACACGAAAAAGGGGUUGUCUUUGCUGGAGGUCUUGACGGCCGGCGAUGAGCUUGAAGUUACAGUCUUUUGUGUCGGAUGGUCGGGCCACGAAGCCCACGUAGACAACACUGAGCUCGAAGUUCACUAUUUCUGA